CCCGCUCGUCUGGCUAAGUUGCACACAGUGGACCCAUUCCACGUCGGACACUUCAAGCAUCAUGAAUGACGUGGGGCAAUUCUGCAUUCAAGCUUGAUAGCGUGGCAUAAUCUGACCACAGUUGCUCUUUCUACUGGAUGACGGAUGCGCUACCAUCUCCCCGUUCUUUUUCUACUUACGCCGAAAGACUGUCAUCUGACAGUCGUCGUUCUUUCUACCGAUCGCGUAUGUGCCUCCCGUUUCACUUUUUCUUUUCCUUCACAUCUAUCGUCCGACCAAAGUCACUCAUUCAUAUACCCCUUUCACCUUUCUCUUUCUUAUUAUCGUCUGACCCAAGUCACUCCUUCGUAUAUCUAUUUCACCCUUCUCUUUCUUAUUAUCGACCGGCCCAAGUCACUCCUUCACAUACCCUUCUCACCUUUCUCUUUCUUAUUAUUGUCCAACCCAAGUCACUCCUUCGUAUACCCCUUUCACCUUUUUCUUCAUUUUCCGAUGCCUAUCUCUUCUUCCAAACCUCGAGCCCGCAAGUUCACUCUUUCACUCUGUCCGGACCCUAGAAGGGCCUGCCUAUUCACGCACCACCGUGUACUUCGCCCAUUCGUGCACCGCGGUUUACGCGCAACUUCAACAGCCUAUCAUUAUUUCUGUCCCGGAUUUCGCUCAUUCGUACACAUGCAGCUCCAGCCUAUUAUUAUCUCUACCUCGAACUUCGUUCAUUCGCGCAACACAGUCUACAUGCAGGCAGCUCCAGCCUAUUCCAUUAUAUCUGCCCCGAACUUCGCCCAUUCGUGCACCAUGGUUUACACGCAGCUCCAGCCUAUUCCAUUAUUUCCUGGCUUCGGUUAUUCGCCCACUACGGUUUACAUGCAGCCCCAGCCUAUUUCAUUAUCUCUGCCCCGGACUUCGCUCAAUCGCGCACCACGGUUUACACGCAGUUCAGCCUAUUACUGUACGUUACGACUUCUUUUCCACACCGACGCUUCACCUCGAACAGACCUCCAUCCGCAACAUCGUUCACUCGAGGCUCAUGAUAUCCAUGCCCGGUCCGUUCACAACUCAUCUUAUGCCUUUAUACAUUAUGCCAUUUCAUGACUCACGACACUUUAUGACGUAUGACACUUAUGACUUCCGAUACUUUCUUAUUCAUCGUCCGACCCAUGUCACUCCUUCAUAUACCCUUUUCU